CAAACACGGCACCUCUAAUUACAUGAAAAACUGUCAUCCGGACAAUCAUAAAUAUGCUAAAAUUUUUGAGCUUUACACCAUUAACUGAAUCGUGCUUUAAGAGAAGUAUUCAGAUUUUUGCAGUUUGUAUUUUUGCAGUGGGAGGAGUCGCUUACUGUUACCAAUUGAACGAAGCAAUCCAGUUUUCAUUAUCCUUCCCCAGUGGAAGUUUACUAGAAGGACCAGUUUGGAUGCUCCAUGUCAGUCUCCGCUUUCUUUCCUUAUGGAUGCCUUUUAUUUUCAUCAUUACUAAAUUUCUCGCUCGCAACAAAACUAUCUUAAGCAUUUACGUUGUAGGUUGCGUAAUUGCAAUCGCUUUGAGUGUUACUGGGACCACACUCAUCACUGAAUAUCUCCAGGCAGGGUACCUUCGAAAAGAAUAUGAACGAUUAGUCGAACACAGCAUUGAAAAAGGUUCAAAACUACCAAGUCAGCUUUUCCACACCGUAAAACAACAAGAAUGUUGUGGAUGGAAGGGAGCCAUUGAUUUUGGCGUAACUUUCAACAUCACGGAUAAAGUUCAUGGAGAUUACAAUUUCAUGAAAAAGUUGGAAGAAUGUUAUGGCCAUACAUGGACGGUUCAUAAAAGCCAGGGAUCACUGGUAUAUAACGCUGGUCCUAAAAGCUCAGAACAAACUCCCAAGGGAUGCAAUAUUUUUUACAAGGAAAUUGUCAGACGAAACUGCUUUAUUAUUUUUUACUGUGGUCUGCUCGUUGACAUUAUUGGCGUUGUCUGCGUUGUGCUGUGUGCGGCUCUCUACACAGUAUCAAACGUUUCAAAUGUUGUGGACCCUGAUCCAAGUACAACUGCAUCGCAACAUAGUUACACAGAAGAUCAAACAACUAUUAGGUUUCCCCAACCUGAAUUUGUUACAACGACUAAUGAAGCUACCGAUGUACAAAUCAACUCCAUGGCCCAAUAUGACCCUAACAUCAUGCUGAGCUGAUAAAAUGAGCGAUUUGAUGUAAAAAAAGAUUGUGUAAUACAAGCAUAAAUAUGUAC